AACCAACAAAAAAAAAGGGAGAUAUCAAGGGCAAAUCUUCUCUAACGCCUUCAUACAUCACACUUAUCACCAAUGGCAUUAACAAUUCUUGACCUAGGUGAAGAUAUCUUAACUUCAGAGAUACCUAAGUAUCUAUCUCCAGAAGACAUAUUCAAUUUGUCCCUAGUUAACAAAUAUAUCUAUAAUCUUUACCAUUGUUCCAUCUUAUCAACCCGAUUAUAUCAGAUCUUGUAUAAUAAGAAAUUCACCAACAAUGAAAACAAUUAUACUAUUUCCCUCAAAAAUAAACUCAACUGGAAACAAUUAUUUCAAUUGAGAUGUUCUCGCGAUCAGAAAGUUUACACUUGGGGAGAACCCCAGAGUGGACGAUUAGGUUUCUUGCCUAGUCGAGUUGAUCAUUCGCAUGUUUCAUUUGGUGGCUGGGCAGUGCAUACACCUACCAACAUUUCUGAAUUCAAUGACCAUUUAAUUAUAGAUAUUGUUGCUAAUGGAUUUAGUUUCAUUAUCUUGACCAAUGCGGGCGAAUUAUGGUUUACCGGGAUCACUUGGAAAGGUAUGGCUAAUCGUCAGCAAUUGUCCACCCCUGGUCCAAUACUGAACCCCGACUAUAGACCUUCUCCAGGAGAAUUGGCAUUGGAUACUUUACAUAGUCAAACUGGUAACGGUAAUGUUGCUUCAAGAAGAAGUAUUAGAGGGGUGAUGCCGAUUCCAUUGAUGAAUAGAAGAUACCGAGAUGAUGAUGCUGACGAUAGCGGGUCUAACACCGGCAGCAACAGUCCUACGCCACCUCCAGGUCCCACCAAUGUUGGCUUACCUCAAUCAAGAAGAAGAUUACAACCUCAACCAGUAGAAACAGGUGAACCCGAUCUCAGUUCAAUUCCUGAUCUCAACCAUCCACCUUCUAAAAUCCAAGAGACUAAUUUCUUGACUAGAUUGUAUUUACCACCGAUUGCAGAUAUACAACAACAAAAGACAAGAAAAAUCGUGUCUAUUUCAACUGGACGAGAACAUAUUAUUGCCUUGGAUAAUCAUAAUAACGUUUACAGUUGGGAUACUGGAUGUAGCACUAAUAUGGGAGUUCAUGUCACAUUCCCUGGAAUUGAUAAAGGGGCUUUAGUUACCAAAAUUGUCGCUGGAUGGAAUUUAUCAGCAUGUACAAUUGCAGGAUAUGGCCUAGUUAUUUGGUAUUCUCGAAUGCCAUUAUCUAAAUCCCAGUAUGACCAAAGUAUUUUUGAGUCACAGGCUCGUUACUUUAUCGUUCCAUUUACUAAGGAUGAUAUUGUAGAUUUCACAGUUGGGUCGGAUUAUGUGUUGUAUAUUAAACAAUCAGAGGACAAGUUAUAUCAAUUUAGAAUGGAUGCCCAUGAUUUUGCCCAGAGAAACGUAGAUAGUGUCAUUAGUAAUGACGAGUUAUUCAAUUGCAUUUCCCCCAUGGAUAAUUUUAAUAAUUGGAAAUUAAACUAUGAAAAUCAAGGCAUGGAAAAUAUAAAAUUCACAAAAUUGAAUAGUUGCUAUACUAAUUUUGUGGUGUUUACGAAUCAUGAUCAAGUGUUAGUUGGUUCCAGAAAACAUUUGGUGUAUGAAAAUGAAGAUGGUGACGAGAAAGGUGCAAAACCCAAGAUUAUUCCCGAAUUACAGGGACAAAAUAUCAAGAAGUUAGUUAUCGGAGACUAUCAUUAUUUAGCACUUACUAACGACGGAGACAUUUUAAGUUGGGGACGCGAAUCUGGCAGAUGUGGGUGCUUAGGGUUAGGAGAUACCGAAUCGGUAGCAAAUGAACACCCGGAGCUGGCUAGAGUGGAUGGAACGGCAUUAGAAGUUACUAAGCCGUUACGGGUGAAGAAUCCACCAUACCCCGGCAAAUGGGUGGCACUUACUGCCAGUGGCUGGCAUUCUGGGGGGAUCUACGUCCCGGUAGAUCCGUAAAAAUAAGACCGAAGAAAAAAUUUUUAAAAAAGAGUAUAACAUCAUAUGAGUCACUAUGUAGUGUAGAUUUAAUUUUAAGGGAUAAAACAACAAUGGAAGCGAGAUAAACGAUGUAUACGACAGCUUGUAGAGAUCUCUAUAUCGGGAGAGAGUUUUGUACUUCAAAGAUAACAAAAGAGUCUAUCCUACCAAUCACACGACACGUCGUAUGGAGUUUUAUACGAUGAGGGGCUGUGCUGUGUGAUUGAGGCUCAAAUCGGCUCUAAAAAUGUGUAUAUCAUUAAAGUUGGUGUAAGAGAUCAAAACAAACAAAAGCUAAAUCUAGACGGCAAAAAUAGAGUCACAACGGGAGACCAGGGAAUUGCACAUCACGUGCGCUUCUUUUCUUUCUUUUGGUUUCUUUUCCUUACGACAGAUAGAAAAAAAAAGAAGGUAUCACGAAAAGGAGGCAGAGGAAAAUCUUUUUCCUUUUUGGAGAAUCAGUUUAAACCCACACAUUUGGUAACGUCCACGUCAUCACAUUACAACAUCCAUUAUUAAUCAUUCAAUUUAAAGUCAUUCACACAAGCUUUACAUUGUAUUGAGAUAUAUAUACCAAAAAUAAUAAUCAAUCAUUUGUAAUCACCAAGAAAAUUAUAAUCCACUACGCUGGUACGACACAUCCCACCCGCAUUUUCUGGUCUAGACUUUCAACAAACCUAGCCCGAUUCUCAGAUAUAUAAAUACAUCAAGAUCUUAUAAGCCGAUAGUUCCAUCCAAUCGAUCUUAAAGUUUCAACAAAGUUAAUAAUAUUUACUAAUUUAUUUUUGCCUUGCCACACACACACACACACACUAUAUCAACUGACUAUGCCUAUAUUAAAUAAUAGAUCUCCAGCCGAAGUUAACCACUUGGGUCCAAACGACAAUCUUUCCAGUCCAUCGACACCUUCAUCAGCAUCUUCUUUGUCUCCUCACCAAGUAAACAACUUUAGUGGUCAUAAAAGACAAUUGUCAUUUGAUGUUUCUCCCAGUCGCCACAGAAGUAACUCCAACACGCUAUCUCCAUCAACUUCCCACCAAAGUGCACAUAUAACCAGACAAAGAAGAUCUUCGUCCAUAAUCCAACAUUUAGAGCCAGACACUUUAGAUACUAAAGUCGACCAAGCAUUAAACCCUAAUGUCAAUGCCAAUUGGGUUCAUCAAAAGGGAGCCUGGAUCAUACACAUUGUUCUUAUAAUAUUCUUGAAGAUUUUCUUUAAUUUCAUUAGUGUGUUGGAUAAUGAUUGGAAAUGGACCUUGACCAAUUUGACUUAUAACAUUGGGUCAUACAUUAUGUUCCAUCAAGUCAAGGGGACUCCGUUUGAAUUCAAUUCAGGGGCCUACGAUAAUUUGACCAUGUGGGAACAAAUAGAUAAUGGUGACCAAUACACACCAAGUAAGAAGUUCUUGAUGUUGGUGCCAAUUUGCUUGUUUUUGAUUAGUACCCAUUAUUCCAGAUAUAAUUUGAACUUGUUUAUCUUGAAUGGUAUCAGUUGUCUUUGUGUAGUUGUUCCGAAGAUGGCAAUUGCCCAUAGAUUGAGAGUUACUUUGUAUUAAGACACGAUAAAAACACGAGCAAUAGAAAGAAGAGAUUCAUAAUUGGGGCUAGUUAGUCGUUUUGAGUGUUGUAAAAUCAUAUGGACUACGGAAGAGAAAGAAUGAAUGAGUGAAGAUUCUGUAAAACAGAAUGAUCAAAUUGAAGAAAAAGAAUGGGAUUUGGUAUCAAUUGCGAUAGAAAAAUAUGUAAUCAAGGUUAUCGUUUUAAGUGUGAAUUUUUUUUUGUUGUUAAGUAUUUAGAAGUUUAUAGCCUGUUCUUCUUUUUUUUUAUAUGUAGUUUUCGUUAUUUGGUUGGUCAAUGGCACCAAAUGUAUACAAAUUUAAGAAAAAAAAAAAAGACCG